UUUUGAAUUUAACAAGCAAUAAUAAGUUUACUUAUUUGAUGUUAUAUUUAUUCAUGUUAGUUCUUACAUUAUUCUAGUUCAAUUUCAUUUCUAAUAUUUAUUGACAAAUCGAAUAUCGUGUUUGUUUUUGGAUUUAAUUAAAAUAUACCAUAAAUGGAAUGUUUAAAUAAACCAAAAUCAGCUAAAUCGAAAAGGAAACCAUCAGUGCGGGCCAAAUUGCUCGCUGAAAUAAAAAAAAAGAAAGAAUGUGAAAAAAUAGCUUUGAAUAUCGUAAUAGAAUUAAUCGAUGGUGAACUGGAAGAAAUAGAUAUGUUAAAUAAAUUGGGUUUUAUAAAUGCGUCUCAUUACGAAGAUGUUGUAGAAGAACGUUUCAUUAUAAAAAAAUGUGGAUACAUCGCGUGUAGUGAACAUUUAACUUCCAUACCCAAACAUCAAUACCAUAUAUCACUAACUCAUAAUAAAGUUUUUGAUAUAACAGAGCGUAAGAAAUUUUGUAGUAAUGAGUGUUACAAAUGUUCAAAGUAUCUUCACAAUCAACUUUUGACCAGCCCUCUGUGGGUGCGCGAAUCCGAAACAAUACCUCAGUUUAAACUAUUAAGUCAACCGAACUCCAAUAAAAGCCAAGAAAUCAACCAUCAGAAGAAAGCUGAGCAAAUAACAAUGUCUCAAGACGAUACACAGAAUGAAAAAGGAAACAGUUCAAAUGAUGAUUUGGUCGAACAAAUAAAAAAUAUUAAAAUACAAGUUAACUAAUAAAAAAAAAAAUGUAUUCGACUGUAAAUAUGUAUUAUCCAACAUUGUGGGGAAAAAUUACAAAAUUAAUAAUCGUUUACACGACCCCACUUUGAGCGCUCUUUUUUUAUUUCGAGUUUUAACCAUGACGGAGUGUACUUCUUGAAUGGGACAGCAUUUGGAUAUUUAAGAGACGUUUCUGGUUUCUGGAAAGGAUGUCUGUUCUUCAGUUUUUUCAAUAGAAAUUCUUUUGCAAUUUGUUUUUCAUCCCUGUACUUGUCCAUGUAC